AUGACUCAAGGCAAAGGUCAACAAACUACAAAAACAAUUCAUGAUGUUAUUCGUGCAAAUAAUGUCAAAGAACUUGAAUUGAUUGUUGGACGUGGUGCAAGUGUUAAUGAAGUUGAUGUACAUAGUGAUGAUAAAUUUACACCAUUACAUUGGGCAGCUUUUUCUGGAAGUCUUGAGUGUAUGCACUGGCUUUUAUGGCAACAUGCUGAUAUGGAUGCACAAACACCGAAAGGUUGGACAGCGACUCAUAUUGCUUCUAUUCGAGGACAUGAAGCAUGUGUACAAGCUUUAAUUAAUAAUAAUGUUAAUUUAAAUACACGUGAUCGUCGUAAUCAAACAAGUCUCCAUAUGGCUUGUGCACAUGGAAAUUCAUUUGUUGUACAUGCACUUUUACGUGGAGGCGCAGAUAUCAAUCAUCAGGAUAUUAAUGGAUGGACACCAGCUUUUACAGCUGCGUAUCAUGGAAGACUCGGUUGCUUACAAAUGUUAGUUAAAUGGGGUGCAAAAUUAGAUGAUGUUGAUAAUGAAGGAAAUAGUGCUGCUCAUCUUGCUGCAAUGGAAGGACAUUUACCAUGUUUGAAAUAUAUUGUUUCUGUUACUCGAGAUAUAGCAUCUAUAUUAGGAGCUCGUAAUGAUCAAGGUGAUACACCAAAAUCAGUAGCUGAACAAUUUUCGAAAGAAAAUUGUUGUACAUAUCUUGAUGCACUUGAAUGGGAACAAGAUAAUCCAGAACAAGCAGAAAAUCUCGCUUUUCCUGCACAUGUUGCCGCAUAUAAUGGAGAUCUAGAUCAUAUCAAACUUUUAGUUGAACAAGGUGUUGUGAAUAUAAAUGAACGAGAUGAACGUGGAGGAACAUUAGCACAUAAAGCAGCUGGUCAAGGACAUAUAGAUAUUCUUCGAUGGUUAAUUGAUAUGGGUGCAUCUAUGGAUCUGACAACACAAAGUGGUGAAACACCAAAAGAUGUAGCAAGACGUUUUGGUCAAUUAGCAUGUUUAAAAAUACUAGGUGGAGGAACUGAUAAAAUUGAAACGAAUAUAAAUCGUAAUCAAAAUGAACCUAGCCGAUCACGAAUAACACCAAAAGAAGAAGAACGUCAUCGAGCAAAACAAAGAUAUGAAGAAUUAGAAAAGCAAUUUGAUAUAGCAAAAAAAAAUUAUCGUCAAUUAGGUGGACAAUUAGAAGAUGAUAAUAAACGAGAUAUAAUUGAACAAGAUUUACAAAAGAAAAUCGAAGAAAUCGAUGCUCAAUUAACAUACGAAAGAUUAAAACGAGAAAAACGUGAAUCUGAAUUAGAUGAAUGUCGGCAUGAAAUUGCUAGACUUAUUAAUACAUUACGAUCUAUGGAAGAGAAACGACUACAAUCAAAACAUCGACCUUCAAGUGAAACUCGUCAACAUAAAAGCAAAAAAUCAUCAACAACGACAAGUAAACAAUCACGACGAAUUGAAAAAGAAACAGGACUUGUAUUUAUGCGUAAAAGUUCUCUUAAUACUUAA